AUGGCCGUUGCUGUCAUCGUUAUGCCAUCUUUUGUGCUUGUCAUCGUCGUGCCCGCUGUUGCACUUGUUAUCGGCGUGCCCAUUGCUGUGCUUAUCAUCGUGUCCGCUGUUGUGCUUGUCAUCGUCGUGCCCCUCCUUUGUUGUACGCUCGUAGUAUGCCUUUUUCAUGGUGUUCUGGAAGCAGUUCCCUCCAUCGUCGUGCACGCCGUUGUGCUCGCCGUCGUUGCUGUGGCCUUUACCAGCAGAAGGAGCGGAUUCCCCUUGGAUAUUAGGGAUUCAAAUCGUAGAGGUUUAUUGCAGGCAGCUAUCGACGGUAUAGGAGCUACUAAGAGAUGGAGAUUGUUCGAUUUUGGCGGUUGCGAAUGA